GAUAAUUUUAACCAAAUUAAAGGUCUCAUUUCCAAAAAAGAAGUUAGCCGCUUUGUAAACAAAGCCGUGGCGGAACAAUUAAAAAGGGAGAAUGCUACUUUUCGUCAGCAAUUAAUUGCUGAUUACCAAGAUGCGGCCCAAGAUAAAGAACUAAAUGAGGAAUUAACAAGUUGA